CACCGGCACUUCGUAGAAAGCAGAAGCAAGGAUGGAUGUGGUGGACAGCCUUCUUGUGAAUGGGAGCAACAUCACGCCUCCCUGCGAGCUUGGCUUUGAAAAUGAGACACUUUUCUGCUUGGAUCGGCCUCAGCCUUCCAAAGAGUGGUGGCCGGCGGUGCAGAUUCUCUUGUACUCCUUGAUAUUCCUGCUCAGUGUGCUGGGAAACACGCUGGUCAUUACGGUGCUGAUUCGGAACAAGAGGAUGAGGACAGUCACCAACAUCUUCCUGCUCUCCCUGGCUGUCAGUGACCUCAUGCUCUGCCUCUUCUGCAUGCCCUUCAACCUCAUCCCCAGCCUGCUCAAGGAUUUCAUCUUCGGGAGCGCAGUGUGCAAGACGACCACCUACUUCAUGGGCACCUCUGUGAGUGUAUCCACCUUUAAUCUGGUAGCCAUAUCACUGGAGAGAUACGGAGCAAUUUGCAAGCCCUUACAGUCCCGAGUCUGGCAAACAAAAUCGCAUGCUUUGAAGGUGAUUGCUGCUACCUGGUGCCUCUCCUUUACCAUCAUGACUCCGUACCCCAUUUAUAGCAACUUGGUGCCUUUUACCAAAAAUAACAACCAGACCGGGAAUAUGUGCCGCUUCCUACUGCCAAAUGGUGUUAUGCAGCAGUCCUGGCACAUGUUCCUGCUGCUCAUCCUCUUUCUUAUUCCUGGAAUUGUGAUGAUGGUGGCAUACGGAUUAAUCUCUCUGGAACUUUACCAAGGAAUAAAAUUUGAUGCUAGCCAGAAGAAAUCCGCUAAAGAAAGGAAGCCGAGCACUAGCAGUGGUGGCCGACUGGAGGAUGGCGAUGGGUGUGACCUGCAGAAGCCCAGGCACCCCCAGAAGCUGGAGCUGAGGCAGCUGUCCCCCAACAGCAGUGGUGGCAGCAGGAUAAAUCGCAUCCGGAGCAGCAGCUCCGCUGCCAACCUGAUGGCCAAGAAGCGGGUGAUCCGCAUGCUCAUUGUCAUUGUGGUCCUCUUCUUCCUGUGCUGGAUGCCCAUCUUCAGUGCCAAUGCCUGGCGGGCUUAUGACACCAUCUCUGCUGAGCGCCACCUCUCCGGCACGCCCAUCUCCUUCAUCCUCCUGCUCUCCUACACCUCCUCCUGUGUCAACCCCAUCAUCUACUGCUUCAUGAACAAACGGUUCCGCCUCGGCUUCAUGGCCACCUUCCCCUGCUGUCCCAACCCAGGUCCCCCUGGGGUGAGAGGAGAGGUGGGAGAGGAGGAGGAAGGCAGGACCACAGGGGCGUCUCUGUCCAGGUACUCAUACAGCCAUGUGAGCAGCUCUGCUCCACCCCCGUGAGCGGGGCCCUGGGCCACCCAGUGCCACAGAAAGGAGGCCACUGGGGAGGAAGAGAGAAGGAAGAAAAGGAGAAAGCAGGAGGAGGAAGCAGCACUGGAGAAGGAAGGCCAUGCUCCCUGUGGGCACUCUUCAUUGUCUGCUUCUCAUCCUUCUUCACUUCUUGGAGGGGAAGCCCAGCUUGAGUGCAGCCAUGACUUGGAUUCCAGGUAGUUCAGGCAGGAUAUUCUCAGAAAUACUCACCAUCAGAGAAAGCUGGGUGGGCUAGUGACAGGAAUCUACAGAGUCCCGCUGCAAAUGCAGUUGCCAAGCAUAUGUUCAAAUGCAGAUGUGAACCCCACAGAGCUCUGAAAAGUUCUGGAACACCCCAGGUAAGUGGUGGCUCUCCAUAGUGACACACUUCUCUAUUCUGCUGCUUCAGCUUGUGCAGAGCUGCAGGGGCUGCUUUGUCCCAGGGAGCCAAUCACUCUUACAUGUACCUACUGCAGCCACCCAUCUUCCGGGGGUCACCUCCUUUGGUCAUGUUCUGUAGGAAGAAACCACUCUGGUGUUUUUCAUUUUGAGCUUAGUUGAGAAACAUUAGCUUAUGAUAUCAUCAGAACAACUGGAGGAAUGUUGUCUUAAAGAUGGAAUUUAAUAGAACUCAUAUUUCUACAAAGAAAAGAGAUUACAAGGCAAAAGCUACAUGGAAUAAUAUCUUACUAUAGGGAAUGUUGAAUGGCAAAUGAUGCAUCAGAAGUGUUUUCUGCUUCUGCUUUAUAUGGUGAUUUUAAACCUCAUUACUUCAUUGUCUCAACUUAAUUUCCUAUAUUUAUCUGCACUUCCUCUUUUCCAGAAAGACUUUCCAGGUACAAAGAAGAAUUGUGAAUGAUGUGUACCUGGCCAAGGAUCUAAACAGGUUUAGUCAGGCCCAGAAGCAAAACGGGCAUAAAGGGACUUAGUUAACAAAUAGCUUUUGAAUGCUUAAACUGCCUAUGCUUUUAAAUAUAAUCUAGUGUUUGCUAAUAAUUUGUUAAUUUUAUGUAUAUAUAUAUACAUAAACUGAAUAUAUAAUUAUAUUCUUUAUAUAUAGGUACACUCUUUGGUGUGUUAAGAAAAAAGAAUUCUUAAUAGACGUUGGAAUGAUAGCAAAUGUUACCCAUUUUAUAUUCCUUCAUAAAAUGAGGAGUUUUGUGUGAACUGUGUUUGCAAAAUUAAUGUUGAAACCUGUCUAUCUUAAGUUAGAUAUCUCAAUUUAAAAUAAGACAGGAGUUAUACGUUCAGAUACCAGGGACAUGCAUUUCUAGAAUAGUAUAUAUCAGUCCAGACUACCAAAAUUUUUUUUCUUAAGGAUGACAUUGUCCUAUCUACUAAAAUAAAUCAGUAUAGAUACUUUUGACAGAAGCAAGUUUGCAUAAUGCUAUGGGAAGCAAGCAAACACAGAAAAAACGAAGUUUACAGCUUCAUGACUCCAAGCACCUGAAAAAUGGGUUGUUUUCUUUUUGUUUCAUUGGGGUCAUCUGUACCCACUGAUCCAGGGUGACACUCUGAGUGGUGAUUUCAGCUGUGACCCCUCCAGAACCUCAGUGUGGAGGGAGGAGGGGAGAGUGACAAGCUUCCUCCCAUCACCAGGUGAUGUGGGGACACGUGUUGUGUAAUUUGACAAGAUGCGGGCAUCACAUUUGCUUUCUCGUGGACGAUGGCCAUGCUCUAAGAAGAAACUGACAGUGUGACUGACUGUUAGAGGGGAAUUUUCCUUCUCUAACCACAAUUUUAUUUUUCUUUCACUAACCAUCUCAAAGAUUUCAAGGUAAAAAUUCAACCAACUAAGAUGUGCAUUGCUCCAAACGUAAUGAUAAAAGGUGUAUGAAAGAAAAAUGUCAUCAAUAUUUACCAUUAUCUACAAUUUUCCUGCCAGAAGAAUAAGUCUUCCCCUCUGACAGUAUUAACAUACAAAUAAAACAACGCCCCCCCUCCAAUUCCUGGGAACUUCUGGAAGUUCCAAAGAUGUGUUAACCUAAAAAUAAGGUCCCUCGGCUUAUCUAAUAAAAGUACAGAUACCCAACGAAUUCUAAUGUCAGAUAAGCAAUGAAAAAUGUUUAGUAUAACUCUGUCUCAUGCACUAAAAUAUGUCCUGUAUUUUAACUAGCAAUCCUACUUUGAAAUAUUUUUAAAAGCAUAUAAAAAUAUAGAUGAUUUUCCAGCUAUAGAGCAAUAAAAUUCCUCUGCUCAUUUAAUUGAUUGAAAAGUCUUUGGCUUAAUGGAAGCCUUUUCUAAAAGAAGAGGAAAAACUAUUAACUUUCAGGAUCUGCAUCUGACCUUUGGAAAAGUCUGAUUUCACCAAUGUUUAAAAAAUUUAAUAUAAUGUUAUUCUCAUACUUUGUUAACUGGCUUUGUUUUAUGUAAAAGUAGAUUAGGAACUGAAGUGGCCAUAGAGUUAAAAUAAACAAAUAUAUCAACUUUCUGGUAUUUUCUAGUAGCUUCUGGUAGCUUCCUCCCAUCACCAGAGUGAUACAUUAGGGCACUGGAAUGGAGAGCUGUAUCUUUGUCCUUUAAUUAAAUCGUGCAUCUCAGUGGCUUCUUGUGCCCCCGUCUCCGUGGUAACUUCUAAUAAACCUGUGGUGGUGAAUGAG